UAUUAUUUAGAGUAUAGUGGCGUUAAAAAAAAAUUUCAUUACCAUUACGGUAGUUAAAAUGUUAAAAUUAUUUGGUAUGAAUUUGUUCUGGCAAAAAAUAUGAGCAUUGAAAAGCUUGGAGCUCAAUCAUCUGCUGCUGUUUCUUCAGUUAUUAUUCCAACUUUUUUAAAUUCAGAUUCAGAGAGUGAAAAUGAAUGUGGCGAUGUAUAUGAAGAGUUAGUGUUUCAUCCAGUUUUAAACAAAGACAUUAAAACACCAGAAGAAACUAAAGAAUAUAAUUUUAAUACAAAUAAGGAUAGUGGGAUACUUGUUGAUAGUUGUUAUAAAUUCAAUGAAGAGCCAGACUGGAAUAUACAAGAUGACUAUCAGAAAAGUCACUUUUUUUCAAAUAAUGGAAUAUUGAUCAAUGAUUGUUAUGAAUUUGAUGAAGAAAAUGAAGCUCUUUCCACUCAAACUUCAAAGAGUUUUGAUUCUUCUAUAUGUGGAGAUAUUUCUUCUAUAUAUGGUAACUUGAAUUUUAAAGACUGUUUGAAAAAUUCAGACAUUCCAACAGAAUCAGAGCUUGAUAAAAUAAUUGAACAACUUCCGAAUUCAUAUAAAAAGAAUGAAAGUUUAUUUGAUGAUUCUGAUAAUCUUUAUGAAUCUAACAGUAGUGCUUCAUCUCUUCUUGAAAAACUUGAAUCUACGAUGGUUCAGUUAAAAAAAGAAAACAACAACAAGUUAGAAUUCUUAGGCGCUGCAGAAAAUUUUUUUACGAUAGAAUCCGAUUUUUUACAGGCAAUUCCACAAGAAAAAAAAAUUAACCUGACUGUUAUGGCUCGCUAUGGAAACAAUUGUUCUACAAAUACUGAUGAUUUGGAUGACGAUGAAGAUAUUGAAAAAAUGCGCCAAGAACUAAAACAAAAAAGUCAAAGCAUCAUUAAUUUAGGAAAAAAACAUGAAUCUCAAAUACCUUGCAGUUACAUUGAAGAAUCACAACAUUUGAAAAUAGAAAGUGAAAGUGAAAUUGAUUUUAGGAAUCGCAUUAGAGUUUCUGAACGUGAAUUUAUGUUGGGUGAUGUUGCGCAUAGUUUAGUUGAAAAAAAACAAGAUGUUAAUAUGAUCAAUACUGUUGAUAGCAUGCUGGAUGAGGUGAACCGUAUUAUGUGUGGAUUCGAUGAUCAUGUUUUCUUGAAUAACCAUAGUACACCUCAUUGUGAUGAUAAGAAUAGUCAGUUUAAAAAUACUCAUAAAGAUAUAUCGUCCAAUGAGUAUAUUUGUGACAUUGUUUCUAAGAAAACAGCGGAUUCUAAUAAUGUCAAUGAAAAAAGUAAAAACAAUGUUGUUAACAAUAAUAAUAAUGAAUAUAAAUUUAGGCAACACAAAAUGUGUAGCCCUAUUAUAGAAAUAAAAGAUAACGAUGAAGAUGGAAAUCAAAAAGUUUCACAAUCUGUGCACCCUGUGUUUGACUCAUGUAGUUACAUAGACUAUGAUAUGAAGACAGAAGUUAUUGACUGGUGUAAUAUUUUAGAUAAAGAUAGUUUUAGUGAAAAAAAAAAUGCUAGUCCAUUAAAAAGUGUUUAUAAUGAAGUGUUUGACAGCUUGUUUACAAAAUCGUUUUUUUCAGCUGAAGGAUCAUUAAAAAAUCUAAAACAUGAAGAAAAUAAAAUAAUGACUAAACCGAAAACUUCCAUAUUAAGUAAAAAAAAUAAAGAUACUCAAGGAACGAAAGAUGAAGAAAGGGUAUUUAAAAGUGAUACAAAUGGUGUUAGAGAAAUUAAUGAUUAUGAAAAAUCUUGUUUAUGUACAGAUAAUAAUGUAUCCUUUGGCUCAUUAGCACAGAGCUUUGAAAAGCAGGGAACUGAAGUAAGUGCAGCAAAAGUAAUUGAGACUUUGAAUCAUCUAGAGGUUUCAAACCAUCUGGAGGCUUCAAACCAUCUAGAGAAACCAAAUUAUCCAGAGAAUUCAAACCAUCUGCAGACUUUAAAGAAUCAAAAGAAUUCAAACCAUCUAGAGAUUUCAAACAAUUCAAAUAUUUCAAAGCUAAAACAUUGUACUGCAAACACUAUUUCCAACAAUAUAGCUGGAAGCAAGUGUUUAGAUUCAAGCAAGAGUUUAAAUCCACCAAUAGGAACCAAUAACUCUGUUCAGCUAAACGAAAAUGAUAAUUCUAAUCUGCUGAUUAAAAACAAUAGUUUUCAUUUACCAAUGGAGACUAAUAAAAAAAAGAAGAAAAAGAAAAAAAAAAGUGUUUUGUCAACAAACGGUUUACAUACAAACCAGCACAUUCUUGAAGAAGUUUCAGAGCUCAGAAGUCUUCUGUAUGAUCAGAGUGUGUCGCUUCAAGAAGGUUAUCCAUUUAUUCCAAGUACAAAUAAACAGAUUUUAACUUUAAAAAUUAGCUUAGAUUCACCUGGUGUCAUAAAGAUGAAUUGCCCUGAUUCAGUUUCCCCUGUUAUUAAUUCAUUAGCAAGUGAUAUUUAUAUUGGAUUAGUCACUUUGUUUCUCCUUUUAUUACAAGGUAGUAAGUGGGAGAUUACUUCACAAUUAACAGAAAUACCGUUUGAUGUUGUAUCUUUGUUUCAAGUAAAUUUAGAUGGUGAGCUUAUGCUGGUGGUUGGUAUAACAGAAAAUCAAAAUACAAAACAAAAAUUAAAAAAAAACAAACAUGGAACUUUUUUUCAUGCAGCAACUCAUUUUUUGAAUGUAACAGACUUGGAACAAAUUUUAAAAAAGAUAUGGGACAAAAUAGAAAUUGAAAGGUUAAAGCCGUCUUUUAGUCAAACUGUUAUUUUUCAACAGUUAGAAUUGCAAAAAAAAGAAAAAUGUGAAAUUCCUGGCACUGGUAAGCUCUCCUCUUUUAUUAGUAUUAGUCCAGAUACAAACAUUUUAAAUCGGAUUUUAGCCAUGAAGUCAUCAUUGUCUAUACACACUCCUGAUGAUUCUCCAAGUUUCUCUUUUUUUCAAUAUGAUUCGCAAAUUCCAGAGCAAGAGUUAACAUGCUUAACAAUUCAAAACAUUUUAUCUAUGUCUCCUAAACAUAUAUCUGCUUUUUUGAAGACAUUGCGGGAUAACUCGGUUGAGAUAAUUGGUUUAAGAACAGGAUUCAUAAUAAAUGAUAUGAAAUCGCAUCUCAUGCUUUCAAUUUGUAUAAAUGAAGUCAGUUCAACUACAUUGCAAAAGGGACGAAUGAUUUUAGCUAAUUGUGAAGAACUUAAAAAAAUUAAUUUCAAUUUUCACGCAGAUCAUUUCCUGUUUAAUAAUAAUGAAGACCCUAUAAUUAAUUUUCCUGUUGGCAGUAAGAUGGCUUUUCAACUGGUUGUUCAAUGGUUUGGACCACAUUAUAAAGAUCAUGAUGAAGCUUUUAUAGCCAUUAAUGAAUAUAAAAUGGUUUCUUCUCAAAUUAAAGAUAAAAAAUGGAGUUUAGAAACAUCAAGUCUUUCUCUUUUAGCAACCUGCUUUAGUUUUUCUUGUUUGCUUGUUUCGUCUAGUGUUCCCACUUCAUUUUUAGCAUUUAUUAUUAGUUUCUCUGAGAGGAGGGGACUGCAACUUAAAUCAAUGUGUAAACUUUGUAUUUCACUAAAAGAGCAGCAUGCAUGGAAAAUAAUUCCUGAUCUAAACAACAAAACUUACUCAAGCGUUAAUGAGAAGCAUACUUUAUUAGUUUUUUAUGGAAGGAGCUGCUCAUACCGUUUACUUGGAAUUGUUAAGAAGUUAUGCAAUAUAUUAAUGAAACCCACAACCGGAGAUAGUCUGCAACUGCUGUGCACUGACAAGUUUUUUAAAUAUAAUGAAUUACGUAAAAGAUGCGAAUCUUAUUUACUUUCCCAUUCAACUAAUGAUAUGAUUGUGCCUUUAUAUUUUAAUGAACAUACCGAUGCUUUAUUGAAAACAUCAGAACUGCUACCUAAUCCAUCUUCACUUGUUGACUUUGGAGAUAUUUUGUUCAAAGCUAGGUUGAAUCUAUAUACUCCAGAAGUCAGUCUAAUUGCUUUAUUAGUUUACGGUACAAGCCUUGUUAGACAAAUGUCUGUUUUUUUCAGAAUUGUUUUCGGAGAUUUAUUUUUUGAUUGCAUAAACGCAUGGCGCCAAGCUUCUCAAUGUUCCUCAAUGAAAGUUUUAUAUGCUCCUACUUUAGAAUGGCUUGGACUAAAAUAUAUUUCCAAACUUUCAGCAAUCCAAGUCAAUGACUUUAUCAUUUACGAACCAUUUAGCACUAAAUGGAAAACAGAAACAACAAAAAUGAUAGGAAAAGAAGCUAAUCUUGUGAUAUUUAGAGCUGUUGACAAGCGUGAAGUUACGCGGUUAAUGGCAAAACUAGAAGAUUUUAUGAUUGAAUUAAAGUCAGAUAAAAACCAUUCUGAUAUUAUUCUACAUUCUGAUGCAGAAUAUGUGACUCAAAUAAUGUAUAAAUAUUUUAAUGACCAUGAAAUUUAUGGUGAUAGUUUAGCCAACCAAUCGUAUAAUUAUUAUAUACCAAAAGAUGAGAAUUUAUUUAGUUUGUCAAAAAUGUUUAAUCCUAACGCUGAAUAUAGUUUUGUUUCUUUAGAGUAUGUUUCUAAACUAGAAUUUAACAAAUUGUAUGAUUUUCUACCUAAUUGUGACAAAGUAUAUAAAGUAGAGUUUAAUAAAGCUCCCUUACUUGUCCAAUUAGUUUUACAAAAUGAACAAUCCUAUGUUGGUUUUUCUGUGUUGUAUAAUACUGAACAUAUUUUAGCCAUCUCUAAAUCCCUUACAAGAAUUGUGAAUAUGGGUUUUCAAAUAUGCGCAUUAAAAUUUCCUGUGUUUGAUCACGGAGAUUUCUGGAUGCGUUUAGUUUUUAAGCGAUCUAAUGCUAUUUUUUUAUUAAGCAAACUUUUACUUGAACUAAGGAGUUCGUACCAAAGCUUGGUGUGGAGUGUUACAGAAACUGAAGAGGAUUUGAUAUGUUUUAUUGAAAAUAACUUUAAGCAGAAUUUGAACUCUGGAGGGAUUUUUUAUUCCAACUAUUUUUCUUAUGUCCAUAAAUUGCAUUUUGAGGGAGAAACUAUCUUUUAUGGCCGACAAUCUCGGGAAAUAGACUGGGAUCCUGAAUGCUCAAAGACUAACAAUGAAUUUUUCAUGAAAUGUGAGCCGGCAUACACCCAGUCAUUUUUAUCUUUACCUUCAACAAAAACAGAUCAAUUUACAGUGAUCAUACUUACUAGACCUAUUAUGUCAGGUAUUUUUUGUGGAAAAAGGUAUCCAUCAAAAAGCGUAUUUCCUGAACUAUGGCAUUUGUUAGAGUCACUUUCUUACCGAGCAGUAGCAAUGAGAAUGACAAGUCUUAGUGAUGAAUUUGCAAAUAUGAUCGUUGAAAGUUUUGGAUUAGAUAAUAAAAAGGCAAAAUUAAUGAAAUCUUUUUUAAUGGAUAAACAACACCCUAUUUUGGCUGUUGUAAUGGUUGGGUCUUGUAUUUUAUCAAAUUUCUUCAUAACAUUACAAAGAAAUCUUGAUGAUGAAGCUAUUCAAUGUUUAAAAGAUUUUUCUUUGAUUUCACAAUCAACUUUGCAGGCUGAAUUUCUUUUGCUGUUAUUAUUUGAUCAAGUUUUACCGAAUUCAAAGUUUCAAAUACGAACUUGUGUUGUUUGAUGUUUUUUUUUUUUUUGUUUUUUUGUUUUUUGCAGAAUAAUAUUUAUGUGUCAACAUUUUUAAUUUUAUAACAAUGUUUGCGUUUUUUAAUGUUAUCUAUCAGUUACAUUUUUCAUUUCA